AUGAGGAGAAGAGUAUUUGUUAAGAGAGGAUUUGUGAGAAUGGGUCUCCUCUUGCCCAAUCUCAUUCUGAGUGUAUAGGAGUGCUAUGAUUAUAAUUAUGCUAUAGAUUCAACUUGUGCUUCAACAUUCGAAAGUAAGAGAUGUUUGACUAAUGGAUAUUAAUGUGUUUUACGAAAAGUUUGUGAAGAUGUUAAUGUCAUAGAUCGUUGUACAUUUGAUAUCAAUCUCAAUUCUUGCGUUUGGAUUGAUGGCUAAUGCUAUACAAAAACUUGUGAAAAUUUCACCAAUUUCUCUUACAAAACCUUAGGAAUGCAAUUUAUAUUUUCCAAUUUGCACAACUAAAGAAGGAGGAGGAUGUACUAAGAAACAAAUUGUCAGAAUUACUAAAUAAAAGAAGCCUGCUAUACCGAUUGUUAAAAUGUAGAAUGCAUUUGGGAUGAUACUCUAAAUAAAUGUUUCUCCAAUCAAUGCCUCUAUUUCUGUGGGGAUGGCAUUCUAUCUAGUAAAGAAGAAAAAUGUGAUGAUGGUAAUUAUUUACCCUACGAUGGUUGUUAAUAAUGCCAAGUGUAAUGUCCAUAAGGGUGUAAUAUUUGUAAUGGCCCUGUAUGUGAAGAUUGUCAUAUGAAAGGGUGGGUAUUAAUUAAAGGUAUAAGUAAUUCAUUUUGUGGGGAUUGGUAUAUAGAAGGAAAUGAAUUUUGUGAGAUUAUGUUUAUUUUGUGA